GUCACAUCUGGAUUUAAAGCUGGCGAGACAGAAUGUCUGGCAAACUCUCUCAGCUCUCUAUCCCAGUUUUAGAUUUACACUGUAGAAGUUUAAGCUCCCAGAAGGAUAGUUCUGAAUCAUCCAUAUUGCUGUGUGUACAUGUGGAAAAUAGUCUAAAUAUUGCUUAACUUACUUUAUUUAUUGAUCAACAUUCCUAUCAGAGCAUGAGGGCUACAGCUUAGCAGUGCUAUGUGUUAGAUAAAACAGCAAUUUCGCAAGUUUACAACCUCGAAUCGACAAUUAAGUUCUAAUCUAUUCUACUCCAAUCUAUUCUAUGCCAGAGACUCUGAAGGGGAUCGACCUGACGGGGGACCUGAUCUCUGAACUUAUGUUCGAUUCUGAUUCUAGAAUUAGAGUAUGUUCUUUGUCCUACGUUCUAUUCCAUCUUAUCUCCAGUGACUCUGAAGCGGAUCGACCUGACGGGGAACCUGAUCUCGGAGAUCCAGGACGGAGCGUUCUCCAAGCUUACCCUGUUGGAGGAACUCAAUUUGGCUGAGAACCAUCUGGUCAAGCUACCCAUGCUGCCCGGCAAGCUCACCACCUUCAACGCCAACCACAACCGGCUCAAAACCAAAGGGGUCAAGGCCAACGCCUUCAAGAAACUGAGGCAGCUGGUUAACCUGUUCCUCGGAGACAAUGAGCUGGAGGCCGUGCCAGUGAUCCCUGAGAGCGUCCGCAUUAUUCACCUACAGAACAACAACAUCACCGAUGUCACCUCCGACACGUUCUGUAACGGCAACAACACGUACUACGUCAGACCCAACCUGAUGGAGGUGAGGUUGGAUGGGAACCCAGUGCUGCUGUCCAAGUCGCCCGACAGCUUCACUUGCCUCAACUCUCUUCCCGUCGGAAAGUACCGCUAAACAGACGACUCCCUGGGGAGAAAGGUCUUCUGUAAGGUUGCAAACUUUCGGUAACUUUUCCAAAAUUCCCAGGUUUUCCAUAAAUCCUACUUGGAGGUGUCCUGGAAUCAGGAGGGAAUCAGGAAUACUCCAAACAGGAUUUCUGUAUAACUAGGGGAUUUAGGGAAGAGUUUUCCGGCAUUAAUGGACUUCCUGGUUAUAUAACGUUACAGUAGUAAAACAGACAGCUUUCAGCCAGACAAGCCAGACAGACACGUUCUGAAUAGAUUCAAUUCCCUAUUCUACUUGACGAAGACAAGACCAUCUGAUAUGACUGGUCGUCUACACCAUGCAUUCCAUUUCUGUCUGAACGUUUCUUCUGUAAAAAUUGUGCCCAGGUCUUUCUCAGUGUCUUUCAGAAGGCUAGUGGAUUGGGACUGAAAACGUUAGCGUGUUCACUUUAGCAUGCUACGUCAGGCUUCCUCUCUGUGUUGUUUCUGAUUUAAUUUCCUUUACCUUUUAGACACGUCUUGAACAUAAACUUGAUGAGCUAAAGGGUCUGAAGCCUUUGUAAAUACACAUUUUAUUCAACGUCUGCUUCUGCGUAAAGAAUGAAUUAUGACUUCUUCAACAUGUCGAGUCAAGCUUUUGGCUUUCUGAAUUCUGUGAAUUACCUUCAUGUAAACUGGUUCUUAAGUAGAAGUUGACAAUAAAUGUAUCUUUGAAAUACGCAGCCUGUAGUAAUGUGAACCUAAUGCGUCUGUGUCUCAAAAUUGUAAGCUUUGAUAUUGAAGUGGUGGAAUCAGAGGUGGUAUGAUCCUUUUCUAAAGUCCUUUUAGGAAUUAGGAAUUAUUACCUGUGAUUAUUACCUGUGAUUAUUUCAUGUGAUUAUUACCUGUUAUAAUUUCAUGUGAUUAUUACCUGUGAUUAUUACCUGUGAUUACUAUAUGUGAUUAUUUCCUGUGGUUAUUACCUGUGAUUACUACAUGUGAUUAUCAGUGAUUAUCACAUGUGGUUAUUACCUGUGAUUAUUACAUGUGAUUAUAACCUGUGAUUACUACAUGUGAUUAUUACCUGAGGUUAUCACCUGAGGUUAUCACCUGUGAUUAUUACCUGUGAUUAUCACCUGUGGUUACUACAUGUGAUUAUUACCUGAGGUUAUCACCUGUGGUUAUCACCUGUGAUUAUUACCUGUGAUUAUCACCUGUGGUUACUACCUGUGAUUAUUACCUGUGAUUAUCACCUGUGGUUAUCACCUGUGGUUACUACCUGUGAUUAUUACCUGUGAUUAUCACCUGUGGUUACUACCUGUGAUUAUUACCUGUGAUUAUUACCUGUGAUUAUCACCUGUGGUUAUUACCUGUGGUUACUACCUGUGGUUACUACCUGUGAUUAUUACCUGUGGUUAUCACCUGUGAUUAUUACCUGUGGUUAUCACCUGUGGUUACUACCUGUGGUUAUUACCUGUGAUUAUUACCUGUGAUUAUCACCUGUGAUUACUACCUGUGAUUACUACCUGUGGUUACUACCUGUGAUUAUUACCUGUGGUUAUCACCUGUGGUUACUACCUGUGAUUAUUACCUGUGAUUAUUACCUGUGGUUAUCACCUGUGGUUACUACCUGUGGUUAUUACCUGUGAUUAUUACCUGUGAUUACUACCUAUGAUUAUCACCUGUGAUUAUCACCUGUGGUUACUACCUGUGAUUAUUACCUGUGAUUAUCACCUGUGGUUAUCACCUGUGGUUACUACCUGUGAUUAUUACCUGUGAUUAUUACCUGUGAUUAUUACCUGUGGUUAUCACCUGUGGUUACUACCUGUGGUUAUUACCUGUGAUUAUUACCUGUGAUCACUACCUAUGAUUAUCACCUGUGAUUAUCACCUGUGGUUACUACCUGUGGUUACUACCUGUGGUUACUACCUGUGAUUAUUACCUGUGGUUAUCACCUGUGAUUAUUACCUGUGGUUAUCACCUGUGGUUAUCACCUGUGAUUACUACCUGUGGUUACCACCUGUGAUUAUCACCUGUGGUUAUCACCUGUGAUUACUACCUGUGAUUAUUACCUGUGGUUACUACCUGUGGUUACUACCUGUGGUUAUUACCUGUGAUUAUUACCUGUGAUUAUCACCUGUGAUUACUACCUGUGAUUACUACCUGUGGUUACUACCUGUGGUUAUCACCUGUGAUUAUUACCUUUGAUUCUGACAUGUACAGUAAAAACCACAAAAUGUUA